AUCUAGAUGUGUAAUACAACAAAUACAACAGAAUCUGGACACUGAAUUUAAAGCAGCUAUCUUAUAAUCUCUAAACACCUCCACAUAUACAGACCAGAAUAUUUCUCAGGAAUGCUAUCUUCUGAAUUCCUCUGCUUGCUUCUUUUUUUUCUCUGCCAAGGCUCUUUUCAUUCAGGUUUAGCAGAAGGGUGUCCAAACAAAUUCAUGCAAAUGAAUAGCAACAUGACAUAAAUUGUUUGCACUCCUUAUGUUUUUCCUUUGUUCUGUGAAGGUACUUGCUACUGAAAAAUAUUAAAUUAUUCAUUUUGUGAGAAGUCCAGAUGUAUCUUUAGCCAUUGACUUGUUUUUGUGAAUAAAAGCAACUUUUCAUCUAGGCAAAAAUCCGUGUUUGGCUCCACGCACUUCAGUAGCAUUAAUUUGAUUUCUUGUUACUUUUUCCUACCAUGUCUCACAAAGACCUAAUAAAAUUGCUUAAAUCAGUCCUGUUCUCCUCUUGAUUUGAGCUUUGUUUAUUUAUGUGUUCACAGAAGAACAAACAGUGCCAAGAUUAAUCGGAAUGAAUUAAUUUGCUACCUCAUACUCUUAUAAUGAGUGAGUUAUCACUAUCAUCUUAGCGAUUAGUGUGCUUUAGCAAUGCUAUCCAAGUAUAUAUUAUUAGUCAAGUUAAUCACUUUGGAAAGAGUUUUGUGAAUGCUUCUCAUUAACUAAGAACCAUGAUUCUUCUGUAAAGAUCAUAAUGUUACAUGAGCAAAGUGAUAUGCAGAAUACCUCAUUUAUAACACCUGGUCUAUUUGGCCUUUUUCAUUUCAUGUUGUUCUUUUUACAGCAUGACAUAUCCAAAAUCUGACGAUAAGGAAGAAGGAAGCUUAUCUAACUGAAGACAGAGAAAUAGUUGUAGCCUCUGUGCUUUUCAGCAGAGCUCCACUUUUUUCUGCAGCUUGUGAACUUGUCUUACUUCAGUACAUGCAAAGUGAGAAAUUCUGUCCAUUUCUAACAGACUUUGUUCUUCUGAAAAGGCAGAGCUCCCUGACCUUUGCCCAGGCCUAGCACCAGCUGAUAGAGCCCUUCUUCUAGCAAAGGGCAACAGACUUCAAAAUCAUUCAGAGUUGAAGGUGACUUAUCCAAGCACUGGACUUCAAACAUUGUCAAGUCUACUGAUGACAAACAAGUUAUACAGGAGAAAAAUGGUCAUGAUUUACAUCACCCACGAAGGCCAAUACAUGCAAAAAAUCAAAACAGAACAGUAAAUUACCCAGCAAGCUGUAAAAAGAAAUUUCACUUAAGCCUAAGAGUGGAAUCUAGCUGCUGUGCCCAGUCCAUUUUCUUCCUUGAACCUCUCUUGCUGAUGUUUUUGAUACAGCCUGGACUCUCCCAUUAUGUAUCAUCUGUCUUCUCUCCCACUUGUGGUCACCCUGCUGUGCUGUGUUAACUCCAAUCCAUCACUAUCUGGAUCACAUUUAACUAGAUGAAAUGGAGAUUCAUCUGUCUGUCUAAAUCCUUCUGUUAGAACUGGAAGUGGAUGAUAGCACACUGACAGCCUGAUUUACCCUUCUCCCCCAGAGGAUCCUGGAACAGGAACUGAGGAAUACUGAGAAAGAAAAUGUGCUAACAACCCACAUUAGUUAUCCUGGGGAGACCUCAGCAGUGGGCAGAUACCCCUGUAUCUCUUACAGCACAACUCUAGCACCUGCCUCCACAGCAUCUGCUUCUCACAUUGCUGGAGACAUUAUAUAGGUGUUAACGUUGUGCUGAACUACACCAGAAGAGAAACUCCUACAUCCAUCAGAUAUAGCUAGAAGUUGAGAAUUGAAAGAGCUGGUUUCUGUCAGUAAGGGUGCUGAGUGCCUGGUUAUUUUUGUACUUUUUUCAGAUUAGGAUCUUCUCAGUGAAGCCAUGAUCUCUGACUACACCACAUGCUGAUUUCAGUGCCUUAAGAAUUUAAGGGGAGGAACCUUUACGCUUUCUGAAUCUUUGAGCUGUUGCUGAGCCCUGCCAUGACCCAGCCAGCCUUACACAUGCCAGAGAAUAGCCUUGAGUACAAGAACCCACUACUCUUGAUCAUAGUAGAAAGCCCAUCCCAAGGGCAAGAUAAUUAAGCAGAAGACAUCCAUAACAAAUAAGUGUGAGGUCAGUCCUUAUUGUUCUGUUAGAAGUAUUUCUUCUGCUUGGUACUCAGCUUUUAGAUUUUGGGUACCUGGCUUCAGAGGAUUCUGGCACUGCCACUAUAUUUAUCUGCUCCUUCCAUGUCAGAAUGUUUCACAUCAUUUUCAAGCAAGUAGGAAUUCAAAUGUGAAUGGUGUGUACAGCAUUCUGUAGUCCAGGAUAAAAAAUACUUUCUGAACACUAAGCAAUUCAUACAAUGAUCAUAAAAGAAAGCUGCAGUACAUUCAUUCUUAAGCCUAAUCACUAUUAAAAAUAUUUCACAGGAGUUACAAAUCUACUGACUUCAUAAAAGAACAAUUACAGAUUUUGUUGUUUCCUUUCUAACAUUUCUGCUCCAUAGCCUAGAUCUCAUGCCAGCCACUGUUUCCUCUCCUUAAGGUAGCUUCCAUUCACACGUUAAUCUGCAUCUGUGAGAAGGGGAUGGGGGGAGAGGGACAUACCUACACAUAGCUACAGAAAUGGUAGGAUAUAAGCACGUCCCAGGGCACAAAAGUUGAAAAAGCCUUUGAUGAAUUACAGGAUGCAAUAUUAAUAAUAUAUAAAUACAAAGAAAAUACCAGCAAAGCUUGAAGUACAUGUUGGAUAGCAGAUUCUGCUGAUCCUGGCAUCUUCAAAGUAUACUCAAAGGUUUUCAGAAUAUUUUCAAUAGUAUAACUCUUCAAAACUAAUAUUAUCUAGAAAACACAACUAAUGAUAAUAAAAUAAACAAUAAAGAUACAAUAAAUAGAGAUAACAGUAUCCCAUAAUCCAAAAACAUAUGACUGGCCCGAGGCACAGUUCGGAUUUUCCUACAUUACAUACAUAUAUAGGAUUAAUAUUUGGGCAGUGAGGAAUUUUUCAAUGUUAUUUUGGAACUUAAUAUAUCCAAGAAUAAUAAGAUAAAUUUGUCAGUCAGGGAUUAGAAGUUCUAACAAUAUAUUAUGACUAAAAGACAGUACACUUUUUUUAAAGAUAACAAAAUAUCUGAUUCAGAAAAUGUGUAACUGCUGAGAACUUUUAGAAAAAGAGAAGUUAUUUAAUCUUAGACCUCUCACUCAGUUUGAUAACAAAUGGAACAAAAGGUUUCAUGUGAUAAAGGAUGCUUCUGAAACAUCAGUAUGUAUUUUUUCCCUUUGCUGGUUUACACUUAUCCUUCAUAAGAAUGUCAAGGCUGAGUGUUCUAUUGCAGAGUAUUUGUCUUCCCAAAACUGAAAUAAUAUAGGUAGCACUAGCUUCUGCUCAGUUUUAAGUAUGAAUGUCCAAGGUUUAUUCAGCCACGGCUUACUAAUGUGCUGUUGGCUUGUAAUCAGACAAUAAAAAGAACAGAUGGCUUAACCAAAUUUAAUUUGUUAUUUUAUUUAUCCUUAUGCUGCCUCUUUAUCAUCCAAAUAUUGAACAGUUAUAUUGUACAGUUAGAAAAACAAGGCUGUGUUAGAGCUUGUUUAUGAGCUAAUCUUACACUUAACCAUCAACCUUGAGAUGCAAAAUGAGUAAUUUCAAUGGGAUUCCAGGUCAUUGAUUUUUUCCUGACCAAGUCUGUGAUGGAAACAGCAAAAACUGCCAUCAGAAAUCAUAAUAUUUGGUAACACUUGCCAGCUCAGUAGUUGAUGGCAGUAAUGCUGUGUCAGUGAUUGUUUGCAAAAGCAAAAGAUCUAUAACUGCAUGAAAAAAAAUGUUUAAAAGUAAACUCAUGUCUUAAAAUCUGGCAUUCUUCUAUUUCCAAAAUGUUUUUCAGUGCUCAAAGGGAAUGAUGACAUCUGCAAUGUUUGAUUACUCCUUAUGAUCAUUUACUCAUUGCAAGAUCUGGGCUUGAUCAUCAUGCAUUAUUGUCAUUGCAGUGUUCGUGGGAUCAGACCAUUUUAUCUAAUACCAUAGAUCUAAUCAACUUAAAACUUCUGAAGACUUUGCAGUUGCUUUAGCAGUUUGUCAGAAUAACUCCUGCCAUCAUCCUUCUUAGGAGACUUGAGUAAAAGUAAGAUUAUUGCAGAGCAAGUGCCCAUAGUGCUACAAAUUAGGUCAUUAAUUGUGAAGUAAGCUCAAACUGAAUGAUUUGACCAGUAUAAGUCUUGAAUAAGUAGGCUCAGUUUGGGAGCAUCCUUUUAAGAGCAUUUUUAUUAUGUUAUUUUGUUAUGUAAAACUGCUGCAUGCUUGGUACAUAGAUUUUAAAAAUGUAUUUCUAGGGCAUUCCCUAUACAAGACUGCUGCAGUUUUACUGAGCAGCUUUAUUGUCUCUAGGGAACUUCUUUUAAAAAGUUAAGUGCAGCAUCUAUCAUGACUUUCCUUCUUAACGUAGCCCUCUGAAACUUGCUAUUCUUUUUUCUGCAAGAUGAAUGCAUUCAAUUUUCUCAUGCAUUUUGACAUAUAUAUGAAAUUUGUAUAUGCAGAUUUCUGCAAAACAGCAGACAUGGAGUCAAAGAACAUCUUCAAUAUGAUCUUGUCUGAAACCUUGGAAUCUGUCAGGUCACUUGGGCAUAACAGAAAACAUAACUGAGCUCAUACAUUCCAUCCUUUAUAUAUAUAUAUAUAUGCUGAUUCAUUUACAGACUCCCUGCCAAAAGCAUCAAUCACCUCAAGACACAGCAUCAGCAGACAAUUCGUGCCUAGGACACGUUAAUGAAAACUAAACAGAUGAAAGCACAGUGAUGAGAGAAUACUAUUCUCAGUUUAAGAACAACAUGGAAGACAAAAAUGAAAAUGCAUUUAUACAACUACGUGUCAUUUGAUCUUCUUAGCCUAUAGUUAAUUCCCACAAGAGAGUUAAUUCAACCUGAUUUUCAUGUGGUAUAAUUAGAGAGAACAAAUGAAUCUGUGAAUAUGUUAUGUGAAGAAUACGUACAACUCCACUGUGACUAGAAAUAUCGACACCUUCAGUUCUGCAGGCAUCUGAUUCCCUUCAAGUUAAGCAACGAAAAGUUCAGUACCUUUCCUCCCUACUGGGAAAUGAUUGAUAACUCAUACAUCCAAACUGUGUUUCCUCUUCAGAUGCUCUCACUCUGUCACAGACAGCCACAGACCGUUCAGGAAAAGAGAGAGUGGUGUGUAAUUAAGAAGACUGGUCACACUGCUGCAACAUCUGAAAGUCAUCAGCCAUUACAUAAGGUGACAAUUAAGUAUUACAAAGUUUGUAAUCCAGCAACCAAACAAUUGAAAAAAAUGAUUACAUUUUUCAUCAAAAUUCACUCACACACACAAACACAUUACAAAAGAACAAAAUGGAUUAAACUCAGUUUCCCACAUAACAAGUUCAUUCCACUCUAGCAGCAAAAUUCCUUAGCCCCUACUGUUACUGCCACCUUUGAGACUUUCCACUGUUUUCACAGGUGUGAAGUAAAGCACACAUUAUAAAUAAUAUGCAAACCAAACAAGGCCAAAGGGAUAAUCUGUCAGCUGAUCAGUGGUUUGUUCCGGUGUAUAUUUGAUUUAAUAAAAAAAAAACCAAAAACCAAACACAAAACAGAUUAUAAAAGCAGCCCAGAACUGAAAGCCUAUUUACUUCUUCAAAAAACAUGUGGGCGUUCUUAGUUCUCGUGGGUGCUGCAGUUGCUUCUGCUCACCUGCAAGAUCAGACUUUUGAUGGCCACAAGGUGUUUCGAGUGACUCCACAGAACGAUGAGCAGGUGGAAAUCAUCCAUUCCCUUGCCAGCAAAAUGCAGGUUGACUUUUGGCAGCCAGACUUUGUCGAUCUGGUAAAGCCAAAAAUGCAAGUUGAUUUCCGAGUUGAAGCUGACAAGGCUUUGGAGGUUGAACAUCUCUUCAAAGAAAACGAAGUGGAUUAUAAAGUUCUGAUUGACAACCUGCAGACUGCAAUGCAUGCUCAGUUUGACAGCAAAGUUCGUAGCACUGGUCACAGCUAUGAAAAAUACAACACCUGGGAUCAGAUAGCUGCCUGGACUGCUGACAUUGCUGCUCAGAACCCAAGCCUGGUCUCUCGCAGUGUAAUUGGGGAAACAUACGAAGGACGGCCGCUGUACCUUCUCAAAUUGGGAAAAAGCGGUACGAAUAAGAAGGCCAUCUUCAUGGACUGUGGUUUCCACGCAAGAGAGUGGAUCGCCCCUGCUUUCUGCCAGUGGUUUGUGAAAGAAGCUGUGGAGACCUACGGAACAGAUAGCACCAUGACCCAACUUCUCAACAGCUUGGACUUCUAUGUUUUGCCAGUUGUUAAUAUCGAUGGUUACGUUUACACUUGGACAACUAACCGUAUGUGGAGAAAGACACGCUCUAAAAACACUGGCAGCUCUUGCAUUGGUACUGAUCCCAACAGGAACUUCAAUGCUGGCUGGUGCAAACUGGGGGCCUCAAGUAGCCCAUGUGAUUCUACUUACUGCGGCUCCUCACCUGAGUCUGAAAAGGAGACAAAGGCUUUGGCUGAUUUUAUUCGUGAAAAUCUUUCUACAAUCAAGGCAUACCUGACUGUUCACUCCUAUUCCCAGCUGCUACUGUUUCCUUAUUCAUACACUUAUUCAAAACCAAAGGAUUACAACGAACUGAACACCAUUGCUAGUGCUGCAACCAAAAAACUGACCAGUCUGUACAACACCAAAUAUACGUAUGGCCCAGGAGCUACAACAAUCUACCCUGCUGCAGGAGGCUCUGAUGACUGGGCUUACGAUCAAGGCAUCAAGUACUCUUUCACUUUUGAGCUCCGUGACACCGGUAAUUAUGGGUUUCUUCUGCCUGAGUCUCAGAUAAAGCCAACCUGUGAGGAGACUCUGCUUGCUGUUAAAUACAUUGCCAGUUAUGUCCUUGAUAACUUGUAUUAAAGGAAAUUCUAGAAGCGAUUAAAGUUAUUCAAAAGCCUUUUUCUGUAUGUUCAAUAAUUUUUUAUUUUUUUGCUUUACUUAAUGCUUGGCCGUAUCCUUAGUCCAUAAAAGGUCAAUAAUCUGAAAGUCUUCCAAGAUAAAUUCUACCUUCUGUUAAGACAACCAAUAUAAUUAGGUGGGGAGGGGUGGCAGAUAAGCCUUGCUGGAAAAAUAAGCAUGCUCAAACACCUGCUUUUCUGAGAUCCACAUCUUUAAGUUCAAGUUUUAAAUCACUUCUCCGUACCAUCUCUGUCUCUUAUUUAAUCUUCAUAUGGAAUUACCUAGGUAUUUCAUUGCCAGUCGCUAAUAAAAUGCUAACAACAUAUAGAGUGCUAGAAGAAUUUCUCCAGUGACUGGAUUAAAUGCAUAAACAAAAUAAGCCUUCAUAUUUUGACAAAUAAAACACAUUUUUAAAAGAAUGGCUUUAUCAGCCAAAAAAAAAAGAAAAAAGAAAAAGACUUUGGCUUCACUGGAAUUGCACAGAUACAGCAAGGAAUACAUUAAUUCUCUCACAAAAUGGGAUGGCAAAGACUAGUGGGCUAUGAAUGUCUGUGUGGCACAAAUGAGUGUGGCAGCUACUGACCUCCUCCUAUAACCGUUAGGUGGGAUCUCUCACUCAGAGAGAUCUGGCAAAUGUAGUACAUAUUUGUUUCUGCCUGUUAAAAUCAUGAUUUCCCCAUUUCUCUCUCCACCUUCUGUUCUCCCUUUCCUCUGGCACUUCUUCCUCUCACAAACUAUGCAAACUUUCCCAAAUCUCUCCCUUUUGUUCAGUUCAGAACAGCAGCCUUCCUGAAGUGAAAGAUUCAGGGGAUACCCCGUUAGACAGUUUCUAUCAAGAGUUUAAUAUUUUAAUAAUAAGGAUUAUAAAAUAAAUGGAAUGGAUCCUGAAACAUUCCUCCUUUUUCACUCCUGAACUGAUACCAGAAUCAGUUUAAGCUCAUUAACCUAAAACUUGCUCAGAAUUGCUCUUCAGCUGCAUGCAGUCAGUGUUUGCAGUCUUUUCACAGAUAAGUGAAAUUUCAAGACCUUAUUUCAAGCUGUUAGGAUUCAUCUGUGGUAACCAGAAAAAGUGAAAAUGCUUUACACCUGAGUUAAUACACGCAGUCUGCAAAUCAGAAAAAUGAAUCCGGUUACAACUAGAAAGAAUCAGUAAAUUUACUCUCCACUGGGUGAACUAUAAUGCAAUCUAAGUUCUAGCUGAAAAGAAGUAUGUGACAAUACCUUUUUUUGUUUUAAAAGCACACGUGGGCCAGAUUCUUCCCUGCUGCAGCUCAGUUAGGUCAACAUGACCAUAUGCUCUGAUCCAGGAGAUUAAUUUACCUUUCAAGUGAGGUGGUGCAUUUAAAAGUCGCAACAAGAUGACUUUAUUUUCCCUUAUUACGAAAGAAACUUGAGACCUAUCAGAAAAGGGAGACAAAAUCCCUUUAUUAAAUCCUUAUCUCAAUAAUGAAUAAGGCACAGAAGACUCACGUUAAAUGAAGCAUUAAUAGUAAAGAUGGAUAUGGGACACCAGACACGUCCUGAGGGGAGCUGACCAGUUUCAUCUCUGUAAUAAUCUGCACAAGAAGCUUAAGCAACUUAAGAUAAAGGUUGCUUGAAUGAUUAAAAUGAUCUUUACACACAGCAGAUGGGUAGAGCAUUAGGACUUACACAGCCUGAGCACUAAGCAUAAUGAAAAUAUCUAGUGAUUUACAUAAAUACACUUUCAUCCAAACUUUGCCCUAAUGGCGACAGUGACAAGGAAAAUUUCUUAUUAUAUACUUCCAAAAGGAAGAUACCUGGGAUACGUUCUUGGGAACUGUCUCAAAACCCACCUCAAUCUGCCCCAUCACUGCAGAUCCUAGGUCUUGGACAGUCCUAUCUGAGCUCAGCACUGAAGCUCACAGUUAACAGCAGUUCUAACUGAGCAAGCAGAGCUAUGAGCUACUCCAUGUGAGACUCUCACACUCACAACAGUAGCGUUUGUCAAAAUAUCCUGAGUCCUGCUAUAUCCAGGGGCCCCACCGUUUCCACCAUCAUUAGCAGAAUUACAAACAGCCGUGAGAAUUAGUUUGAUGAUGAAUGAGCAACUUUCUUUUUCAAAAGAAGCUGUAAGAAAUUAUCCCUUCCUGAUCCAUUUCCUAUACAAGUAACAUGGGUCUGUCUGGUUGAGUCAAAGUGGGUGAGAGUGAUAAAUAGUUUCCCUCAGCAGCUUUUUCACGCAGCUGCACAAAAGGUGUUUGGCAUUUACCAGCGCUGUUUAGAAUUUGGCUGCUACGGGACACACUCUGCAGAAAGAUGCAAAAAAAUCUUGUGCCAGGACAGGACCUGCCCUAUCUCCCUGCUACUGGAGGCUCUGAACAGAGAUUUCUUCUGUCCGUUGGCACUCUGGCAAUUAGCACUGUUUUUUUUGGCAUUUCCCUAUCUGAUGUGCUCAAAACAGGCCACGAAAUGCAUGCCUCAUUCAGUAGCACACUCCAAUCGGCCCAGCCCCACUCCUUGCAUGCACGGCUGGUCCAUCUGCUGUGGACUAGUGAUGAAAUAGAACCCACAUGCAAAAGUAGCACUCACCAGUGAAAACACAAGUCAUUCUAUUUUGCAAUAGAAGUAGGGGGGAAAAUGAUCAGCAUUACCAAUAAUAGUACAAGCAGAACGUGUUGACCAGAGCCAAACAUCUCAUGAAGGGCAGGAAAAUAUUCUCCUUAGAGUACAACAUCUUUUGGCUAAUUUUAACCAAGUAAUAACCACCCAGGGAUUACCCAGGCUACAACUGUAUAAUUCUGGCAAAUGCCACAGGUCUUAUGCUGACUGCAGAGUGAAUUGCUGAUGCUCAGCACCAUUCAUUUAUCCCUAGGAAAACCUCAGGCAACUAAAGACACCAGAGGCAACUAAAGACAUCACAGGCAACUGAAGACAAAGGCUCAGCCACUGCCUCCAGCAGCUCCAGGGCUACCCCAGUGAGCUCAAACCCAUGCCAACGAGGCAGGACGUGGCACACGUUAGUGCUGAUGCUCACGGAGCCAGGCUGCAACAAGGCAGCAGUACAUAAGGCUGUUGUGCCUUCACCACAGGCACCUCUGGUCAAAUUACAGACACGCAGAAAAGAACAGCAAUUAAAUGUGAUCUGUCAUAUAUGAUCCAUGCAGCUUAGGACAGGAAGAACAUACAGGGAGAAAUUUAAACCCAAAAGGACAUUCUGCCAGCACGUAAGCUGCUGGAAUAGAGACACUGAAAGCAAACAGAGUGGAAACAACAAGUAAUCAAGCUUCAGAUUUCAGCACUGCUUUCCAAAAGCAUAGAAAAUCACUGCAAAACUGAUUUUCAAAGAUGUCAUCAUAAUUACUCUGAGCCAAUUCCUGUUUUGAAAUAUAGGAGAAGAAAUAAAAACAUGCUGCAUGAGUCACAGAGGUGAAUUUUGACAUUUUUUCAAUAAUUCUAAAGAAAAUUUUCCAGUGUUAUCCAAUCUGAGCCUUUUCUUGCCUUCUAAAACCAAACUGAUCUGUAACAGAGCAGUGAAUAUUCCACCAGUGCAAAAACAUAAACAGAACUCUCACAAAAAAUCUUUGGUUUCAGUUUUUCUUUCUGCAUUUCAGGAUGAAUCUUUGCAGUGAACGCUGUAAAACCACACUGCAAUUUUGCAGCAUUUAGAAUAUUUUUAGCUGUGCUUAUGUUUAAGAAAAAAAGUCUUAAAAGAACAUAGAUGAACCCUUUGGCCCUCAUAUGCCACUGAAUGCCAAGGGAAUGAGAAAUUUUUCAGGAAAGGAGGGUUUUGUUGACAGGUCCUGUGAUCCCAUGAAACUCAUUCCUGUCUUCCCUGCCUGAUGCAGGUCAGCUAAGGAUCAAGAUGAAGAGUUUUCCCUUUUUGUUUAAGGUUGCUCUUUUCAUUAGAUAACUAGAAAAGGAACAUUCUGAUCUCUCGGUUAAUAAAUGCAUCAAGAACUUGCCAUCUUUCUCAUAUUAAGCUACCAUUCAGCACAGUACAUUCAGUCAAUUAAUUUCAGUGCUCCAAAUUUUAGAAGAGAUUAAGAACUCGUGAAGUGUUUUGAGGACAAUGCUCUGCCCACGUGCCAGCUCUCACAGCAGCAGUAUCAGAGAGAACAGGACACAGGCAAAGGGAACAUCUCACCAGCACAGAUCAUCCAGUCCGGCUACCAGCCCAUCCCCACUAUCCCAUGUCCCUAAGCACAGCAUCUACAAGUUAAGCCUAUGCUCUCAGUUCAGCCUGCUCUGAACACUGCUUUGCUGAUGUGCUUCCUGUCAGUUUGAACCAUCCCCAAGGCAGAUGUGGGCUGUGCAGGGCAGCAGGUUGUCUCUGUGCUCCCCAAUGCACUCCCACAGCUGUGCUGCAGAUGCACGCAUGGGUUUUUUACAACGGGAGGAGAGGGAACUGCCAAAUGUUGCUUUGGAGAGUGGGGUUUUGUCUCUGGGAAAUACGGAAAUGUAUUUUGAGACAGGGAAAUAUCUCAAAAUAUAUAAAACUUUUCCUUCAAAGGUUGUUGAACAAAGCACCCCAGCUUCUUGGCACACAUGGAAAUGUUUCAUUUCUAUAUUUACCAGAAGGCCUAAAACACUUAACUCUGGCAUUCCUCAGGGAAAGUAUGAAUCACCUUGCUUUAAUAUAAAAUCAACUCCCAAUUUCCUGGCUUCAUGGGGGAAAAAAAAUAAUAUUCAUGUUUCUCUUCAGCACACUGAUAACAUAAGCUAUAAGGACUGGCAUAAAGACUGCAAUGAGGCAGAAAGGAGAAAAGCUUGGGAGCAAUGGCCAUUAUCUCAUAGAUCCCUGAGCUGCUGCUAACAUGAAUCAGGCCACGGAGCACAGCCUCACAACACUGCCAGCACCAGGCCCUGGCCAGGAGCAAACCAGCUCAGAGCACCUCCACUCCUCCCAGUGCUCAUCUGUAAUCAAACUGCUUCAAAAUCAAGCAAAGCUGGUAAAUUUGAAAAUAAUAAACAACUGAAAAGACAAAUAUUCUGUGAUGCAGCACUGACGUUUUCCUGACCAUACAAACUGCACAGUCACUUACCAGAGCACUCACUUUCCACUGCGAUCCCAAAUCGGAGAUCCUUCUACCCACGACCCCUCCUCAGCGACCAGCACAGGCAGGAGCAGCAGGCUCAUUUUGUACUGACUUGCACAAAAACGAUUCUUACAUUUCCUGCUACAAAUGGAACUGCUGUUCACGACCCAAACGCUCUCUUCAGGGAUCAUAAAUAGAACAGUUCCUACUCCAGUGGAUUGUAGAAUUCCUUAUGACAUAUUUUAGUCCGUGUCUUUGAAUCCUAUUUGAAAAGCAACAAUAUAGACUUUAUAACUGUGGAAUAUGUAUUCCUCCUUUUAAAAGGAAAGCUGAAUAGACAAUGUUUUAUUUCUAGCUUUUGUCACUGCUAUUUCUUUGCAGUUUCAGGCUCACAUCUCCAUUGUAAGCUUUACUGUCACAGACAACACUUGUGGAAACAUACUGUCUAGUAUGGCCCGUGUCUAGUAUAUGUCUAGCAUAUAUAUAUGUAUAUCCUCAAGGCUCUUAGCACAAACUAAAUUUGCAUGAUGCUUUCUAAAUUUAAAAAAUUUAGACAAUUGAGGAACUUCAUGUACUUCUUCAUGCUACAGAACCAGAUAAUGCUUACUAACUUUACCCUGCUAGCACCUCGUGCCUUGCAGACCACGUUACUGGAUGAGCACAGAUCAGCUGAUGUCUUCCCUCGUCUUUUGCACCCUGCGAGCCUUGCACACCCUUCUGAAGCCAGGUCUUCCUCUGCCAGCCUUCACACUGACUAAUGUUUGUUGGCCCACACGCCUGGGAUGCUGAGAUAAAUACUGUCUUGCAGCUGAUCUUGGACACUUACCCCGAGGGACACUGAACCUCUCCUACUUUUUGUGGAGCUGUUUUGCUCAGCCUCCCUGGCUUGCUUUGAGAUAAUUCAGCAGUCAAUACCGCUCCCACGUUCCCUUUCAGGAAUUCUCCUGGCAUAUCAGCCACAGCCAUUUCUCAUAAGGCUGUUGGAAGCUUGAAGAGUUAUGGGAACAUAUGGUUCACUUUCCCACUCUCCAGUAUCUGCAGCACUUUCUGGAGCCCUAAGGCUCAUUCUCGACAGUGGCACUAAGCACUCACAAACCUUGGGCUGCUACUCAUCCUGACUGCAUCUUUGGGCAUACCCAAAACAAUUCAAAAUGAGAAGUACAAUUUUCUUGGAAUACCAUUGCAUGAUGCUCACCUGAAAUAUUCUUAGGUUGCUCAUAGAAAUUCAUCUGUUCAUAAACAUAAAGAUGAUAAGAGAUCACUCAUCUGUCUGAAGAAGUUUUAGAAUAAUCCACAUUAAAGCUGAUUUAAAGUUUUUUUUCCCCAAGAGCUGUAAAAUGGCAGAGACAACAGAGCUUCUCUGAAGUCUGUUAUUCCUUACCUGCGCUCUUGGUUUUCAACAAUACAAUCACAUGGAGGACAUGCCAGACCAAAAUGGGGCCGAACAAGAAUAGUCACCAGGUAUGUAGAACACACACGCUCUCCAUCCAUGUACUCAUAUUUUCGAAUACUCGCCAUGACAAGAGCAUUCCCAGACCUGACUAUAACUGCACUUCACGUGCAACCAAAGACUGCGAGAAACUGAUUCAGUCCUGAUGUGGUCAUCAUGAACACAUGUGAAGAUUCCCUCAGCUGGCACUAAAAGCGGUAUGAGUUACAGCGCAUGCUGAUACAGAAAUGUGGACGAGGAUUUGCUGCUGCUGGACUUCGUGGUCGCACACCUACAAAACAAAUGCUUCUAUUCUAGAAAAGUUCUAGUUCCUAUUGCUCAGUGUGCUGACAGACAGGAGAACAAGCGGGAACAUUUUCCCAAACAGGACAUAUAUGUUCAUUUACCCAUCUGUUCCUCAGAUCUUUAUCACAUAGCUCUUGGAAUUCAGUAACAGGCAAGAUAGGCUUGAGAUAUUUUUGGUUCAUAUUCAUAUGGGUAAAUGUGUUCUAUUGCAAUUUGGAGUUACACUGAUCUCAUUCAAUAUUCUCAUCCAAAAUCCAUGAAACUGCCUGAGAACCCAGCCUUUUAUCUUCAAGAAGAACCAGCUGAUGACAUGGAUAUUCAAUUUAAAUACGAUACAAACUGAACACAUUCUUUUCCAAGAUUACCCUGAAAUCACAUGAAGAGGAAUCUUUUCACUUGUGAAUAUUUAUGUUGGCAAAGCACCACCUUCCCUCCCUGCCCAACUCCAUCUAUUAAAACUCUGAAAAGAAACCAACUUCUCACAGAGAACAAACUGUAGCAGAAAUCUGGCAGCAUUUCCUCUACAGAAACACAAUGAUUAUGGUGCCUUUCGGCUUCGUUACAGCUACCUGCAUUCUUACUGCUGCUGGCAGACCCUAAGAUUCCUUUUGAUUGUACCAAAUAACAAACCAGCGACGCACAGAUAUAGUAACCAGUCCCUCUCCUGAUACAUUUAGGUGUAAAGGUAUUUUGUGCAAAGCCCUGAAAUGAAAUGCAUUGAGCACCCAGCCAGCGUCACAGCAGCAAGGCUUACUAGAGAGGGUGGUACAUAAAGAACAAAUGUCUUUUAAAGUAAGCCCCAUAUCCUCUGUGCGUGUUUUGUGUUUAUGUGACAGAGAAAUAAGUUUGAUAAAGCUUAUUAAGCCAAAUUCAGUGCUUAAACGUUAUGCAAGCAGAUCCCACUGAACAAAAUGGGAGAGAAAACUGAGUUCCUGACUGGUCUGCAAACAAAACAAUUCACCAAAAAGCCUGCCAUGACUUAGAGUACAUGUACGACACCAAGGCAGCUUACAGUCUCCACCCAGUUUCCCUCUGUCAAGGGUAGGCAGCAGCAAACAAGUCCCUGCUGCUAUGCAGUCUGGAACACUGCAAGGCUGCUGCUCAGAGGUUUGACCAAGAUAACGUGGACAUUUCAAAGAGGAGAUUCAGCUGGGAAUUUAAAACCAAAAGCGAGGGGGAACAGAUUAGAACAUUCUGGGAUUUAAUGGGCAAAGUCAUUCCCAGUUCCUAGAAACACAUUCCUUCUCCUUCCAAAGUAUACAUUCCAGAGGAUGAAAAAGCACAACCAAAACCACCCUUUGGCAGUUUGCAAAAUCUUGGUUACAACAUACAGAAAGAACACCUCCACCCUAUGGUGCUCAGCGUUACGCUACACCUCAGCACUGUCAGAACGCAUUCACUCCUAUCACUUCAGGGUGUGUUUGGAGGCAAUUCAGUCACCAGACUUUUGUUUCAAUGCAAAAACAACACAAAAAAGCAUUUCUUCAAGGAGCAGCAUGGCAAAGCGAUACGCCCCCAGAGCACAUUGCUUCAUAAGCACUGCUCAGCCUCGCUGAGUGCCAGGGAUGCAGUGUGUGAGUCCUGCAGUCAGACACGGCUUCUCAUGACAUCUUGUGGCAGCACGACAUGCUAACCGCGCUCCGGCUGGUUCUCAUCGACAGCCAUGGAACAGGCUGCAGAACAGUGGUACUUCAGAAAACCAAACACCCAACUGCCCACAAAAAGGCAAUGAUUUAUAAUUAAGGUAAACAGACAAGCGUUUAAUUCAGCAAAAUUAGCCAUUCCUAAAACAUAACAAUACGAAGCACAGAGGAACAGGAUCGUUAUUUCAAACGAGUAGAAGGAAGUCAGAAAGCUGACACAAGUUCAGCUUGAUGCAAUUCAAACUACGUGUGAGCUACAGAUCUAAAGACUAGUGCAUUGUCUUUAUGCUCUUAUCUACUGUGAGUACAAAAACUGCAUCUCUUUUCAAAUCAUUGCCUUGCAGGGAAAGGUAGGUACAGAAAGAGGAAGUUUCAUUAUCCAGAAACUUAAUUGCAAGCUGGCCGCAUCUGGCUGAUUUAUGCUGAUGCUUAUGGUACAUGUAAUUGGAUAAAUAUAAAAAUGGCAACUUUUAUUUCCCGUUUGUCCUCAAACUGCAUUGAGAGAAAAACAUCUUCUAAUUACAGCUGAGGUAAAUUGUGAUCCAAUACCACCCUUACAGAGCAAUGCCCAUUCCAGAGGAAUCUGUAACAGCCCACUCUGAUUAAUGGGUCAGAGAUAGCUCUAAUGAAAAUAACAUUAAAAACAACACAAGCACUUGAGCUAUGGCCUCAUACCUGACAACACUCACCCUCAGGGCAGUGCAGAAAGAUGAUGCUCCCAGCUGUUCCCCGAGUAACACUUAACACACACUCUUUCCUCCCCAGCAGUAUUUCAGUUUCUUACUACACAUCCAGAACUAAGGUGGGUUUUGGCUUUCUCUGGAUCAUUUUUACAACACACAAAAAAGCAAAGCCAUGAGCCUGAACCAUGCAUUGCACGCUGCAUCAAGCUGCUGCCAGCAGCUGGCUUUGCUAGUUUAGAAAGCAGACACACUGCUUUGCAGUCAGGAGAGGGAGCCAGCUGGCACUUCCCAGCUGCUGCUUGUGUGUGAAGCUCAAACACCAUGGCUUUGUGGAAGGGAAAGGUUUGCAUCAGAUCUAAAUAUGCCAGUCAGUGAGUGCUGCAAAGAAGGGUUUGGAUACUCGUGUCUACUAGUUCUCCUCCUCCCUUGUAGAUAACCAUAACAGAUGCUCAACCUUUCAUUAGAAGCUGAAAUAAAACUGAAGAGUGAUAUCCCACUGAGGUAAAGCACAUCUGUCUCUGGUAGCAGGCUGGGAAGCAGAGCAGGGGCAGAUCAUCACCAUAAAAUAUGGAACCAAUACAUAAGAACACAUUUCUGCUUUCAGAAUGUGGCUUCUGAAGGAGGUCAAAAAACUCCCUUCCUUCUGUAACCACCUUCAUCUGACCAGGACACAACAAAACCUUGCUCUCUUUGUGGCACAGGCAUUGGGUUAAGUUAUGUAGUAAUACUACAUAAAUCUCAUAUUUUCACAUAUGCUCCUGUCCUAGUUCAUUCACCCAGAAAUUAGAGUGGAACACAGGAAAUCUGCCCAACCCUUAUCCCAUAAUUUGCUGCUGUCUGGAACGUUAAGCAGGACUUGCUCAAGACCUCUCCAGGCCAAGGUGAGAGUAAAUAAUGUAGGCAGGUGAUAAGGAAAAACUCCGUGUUCCUCUCAAAUCAUGUCUUGUAAACUGGACC